AGUCACAAACCGUGUUUACGUCACAGUCUACUGCAUGAGAUGGACGCACUUGAGCAACCUCGUGCCCAGAGUCUUCUUGGCAAUUGAGAUGAACGAUUGCUUGAAUCAAAUGGAGGUGAAAAGAGUGUCCGCAUCCAGAUCUAUAUCAAAACGUUUUACUUUUGCCAGACGAUGGUGCUAUGACUGCUAUAGCUCGUUUAAUAUCUGCUUUACUAGGAUUGUCUAAAGUAGAUUCAUCAACGACUUAACGACUGCAAUGCAAUCCUUUAAUUCCCUUGCCUCCUUUGCCUCUGCUGGUAAAUGGAUGGAAAGAGGGCACUCAGGGCAGCUGCCUCUGCUUCCACCCUGUUCUAACGUCACAAGAUAUUGCAGAACUAGACGCACUAGACUAGAGAGGGGUCUGCAAUACAAAACGAUAUCUUCAUAUGAUACAAUGUUGUGCACGAAGAAGACAACAAUCACGAAAAUUCAGCAUUUUGUUUAGUUGCUUUUUCGAAAUGAAGUUUUUUAGUGGUCUGUUUUGUUAUAGGCAUAUAGUCAGUCUCCGCUAUUUUCAUUCCACUGAAAUUAAUUUGAAAAGCCACCUGUCAACAAAGAAGGAUAUCCUAUUGCACUGUUUCUAUAGUUACGAACACAUUGAAGCUUUAUUUUAACAACACAUUCACCCAGUGUAGAAUUGCCUGUGCUGAUAUUGUUUCAUUUUUAUCUAAUAACUAUCGAAUUAAGUAAGAUCUAGAAUAAAGUAGAACGUAAGAAAUGUCUUCCGAUGAAGAGUCAAUCGAAGGUGAAGAAGGUCCAUAUCUUGGAGAAUAUGAAGGAGAGCGAAAUCAAAAUGAGGAAAGACACGGCAAAGGAAAGGCAAAGUUGCCUAACGGAGAUACUUACGAGGGUUUUUAUGAACAUGGAAAGCGUAAUGGACAAGGAACGUACAAAUUUAGAAAUGGUGCACGAUACACUGGCAGUUACACGAAAGGUAAAAAGAAUGGUUACGGUACAUUCAUCUAUCCAGAUGGAUCAAAGUACAUAGGAAACUGGAUAAAUGACGAAAAACAUGGUUUUGGAACAUACUAUUACGUCAACGGUGAUAUUUAUGAAGGAGACUGGUACGAAAAUAAGAGACAUGGGCAAGGUGUGUAUACUUUCAAUGUGACUGGUUCUCGCUACCAAGGCACCUGGACCAAAGGUAUUUGUGAAGGUGCUGGAGAAUUAAUUCAUGCAAAUCAUCGUUACUCUGGUCAGUUUGCAGACAAUUGUAUGAAAGGAAAGGGAAAGUAUCUUUUUGAUAUUGGAUGCGAACAACUGGGGGAAUACAACGUCCAAGAAGAUCAAAUACAAGGAGAAACAGAAGAAGAUGAACCUACUACUGUACUUAAAGCUUUGUGGAAACCAAAAACAUUAUGUGGUAUUGAAGGGCAAGCAUCAUGAAUGAACACAAAUAUGCAAACAUAAUAUGUUAUCCAUUUAUAUUUGCAGUGGGGAUCAGGGGGUGUAAACAUUUAAGUCCAAGUUAACACAUGUAGAAACAUCAUUAAAUAUAUUGCAUACUUUUUCAUAAUCAUAUCCUUAAAUGUAAAUUUACUUUUAUCAGCAAUAUCUUUUAUUCUC